UGCGCCCUGAAAAGUGAAGCCGACGCAGCCCUGCCCCGAGGGACGCUCCACCAGGGCAGAGGUGCAGGCAGGCUCGGCCACAACUCGCUGUCAUGCGAGCCGGGCCCCGGCGGAAGGGGGUCAGGGGACCAUCGAGGAGCUGGCUGCGGGGCUCGGGAGAGACCGCGAAGCUUCACCCCCUUUAGGCUGAGGCGGGCGGGCGUCCCGGAGAAGGUGUAACUUGAGCAGACCCUCCAAGGUCACGCGGAAAUGCCAGAAGGCCUUUGAUGAAAGAACUUCUUCUGGAGGGUUUGAAGGACAAGCGUCCUUCUGGAACAGCGCUGCCCAGGAAAGAAGGCGGGGCGGGGCGGGGCGUGGGCCCGCGGCUGGGCUCGGGCUGCGACUCGGAAAUCUUCGGCCCGGGCUCGGCAAUCGGGCCCCGACUCCCGCCUGGGCCUCGAGCCCGGGGCCUAUCCGGAAACAGCCGAGCGGAUCCGGAAACAGCCGAGGAGACCCGGAAGGGGUGAGCGCCGUCACCGGGGAGUGCUGGAACCCGCCGUUUGCGCGGAGGCGAUGGCGGCGGCUGCGCCGGCGGCCGCGGGCGAGGAUGGCUGGCCACGGCGGCCGGGGGCCGCCCUGGACCCCCAACCCCAAGACGGGGCAGAGGUUGAAACCGAGUCAGAGCUCAGCCGGCUGCGGGCUGAGCUGGCAGGCGCCCUGGCAGAAAUGGAGACCAUGAAGGCUGUGGCGGAGGUGAGCGAGAGCACGAAGGCCGAGGCCGUGGCUGCAGUGCAGCGGCAGUGCCAAGAGGAGGUGGCUUCGCUGCAGGCCAUCCUGAAAGACUCCAUCAGCAGCUAUGAAGCUCAGAUCACUUCCCUGAAGCAGGAGCGGCAGCAACAGCAGCAGGACUGUGAGGAGAAGGAUCGGGAGCUGGGGCGCCUGAAGCAGCUGCUGUCCCGGGCUCACCCCCUGGACUCCUUGGAGAAGCAGAUGGAAAAGGCCCAUGAGGACUCGGAGAAGCUUCGGGAGAUUGUGCUGCCUAUGGAGCAAGAGAUUGAGGAGCUGAAGGCAAAACUGCUCAGGGCAGAGGAACUGAUUCAAGAGAUCCAGAGACGUCCCCGGCACCCCCCUUCCUUGCACGGCUCCACGGAGUUGCUGACUCUGUCCCGGGACCCAUCGCCCCCGCUGGAGCCUCUCGAGGAGCUGAGUGGAGACGGCGGUGCAGCGGCUGAAGCCUUCGCCCACAACUGUGAUGACAGUGCCUCCAUCUCUUCCUUUUCCCUCGGCGGUGGGGCCAGCAGCACCUCCCUGCCCCGCAGCCGCCAGGGCCUGAGCCCCGAGCAGGAGGAGACAGCCUCUCUGGUGUCCACGGGCACCCUGGUCCCCGAGGGCAUCUACCUGCCCCCUCCUGGUUACCAGCUCGUGCCCGACACCCAGUGGGAGCAGCUGCAAACAGAGGGGCGGCAGCUGCAGAAGGACCUGGAGAGCAUGAGCCAGGAGCGGGACGAACUGCAGGAGGGCCUGAGACGGAGCAAUGAAGACUGCGCCAAGCAGAUGCAAGUACUCCUGGCCCAGGUCCAGAACUCAGAGCAGCUGCUGCGGACCCUGCAGGGGACUGUGAGCCAGGCCCAGGAGCGGGUUCAGCUACAGAUGGCAGAGCUGGCCACCUCACACAAGUGCCUGAGCCACAAGGUGAAGAAGCUGACUGAGGAAAACCAAGGACUCCGGGCUGAGCAGCCGCCGUCCUCAGCCCCCUGGGGUCUGGAGCAGGAUGAGGGCCAUGAGAACUCGCUGCCCAGCUCGGUGCCGGACCUGCAGCAGCUGGUGCACCACACAAGGCAGGAGGCACGGGCCCAGCAGCAGGCCCGGGAGCACGAGGCCGAGCGGCUCCGGAUUGAGAUCGUGACACUCCGGGAGGCGCUAGAGGAGGAGACGGCAGCCAGGGCCAGCCUGGAGGGGCAGCUGAGGGUGCAGCGGGAGGAGACAGAGGUGUUAGAGGCCUCCCUGUGCAGCCUGAGGACGGAGAUGGAGCGGGUCCAGCAGGAACAGAGCAAGGCCCAGCUCACAGACCUGCUCUCGGAACAGAGGGCAAAGGUGCUGCGGCUGCAGGCAGAGCUGGAGACCAGUGAACAGGUGCAGAGGGAUUUCGUCCGACUGUCUCAGGCCCUGCAGGUGCGCCUGGAACGGAUCCGCCAGGCAGAAAAUUUGGAGCAAGUGCGCAGUAUCAUGGAUGAGGCGCCCCUGAGGGAUGUCAGGGACAUCCAGGACACCUGAGAGGCUAGGACCCACCCACCUGGGGGAGACUGCCUUUCCCCACAUCUGAACUGAGAGGCCUGGGCUUUGCAGGUCUCAGGAUAGAGGCUUGAUCCCCUCUAAGCCCGGGCUUGAGGUGAUGGGGCCUCCACUGCCCUGUCUCUGCAGCACCUCCUCCCAGCGGUGGCUGGCCUUCUGCUCCCGAGGAUGACACCUGGGUGGGAGUCCCAGCCCCUUCCAGGCACCAGAGGUGCAGGCUUCACCCUGUGGCUUUUGGCUACCAUGCUGCCUCCUGGGUCGCAACCUUCUUGCCACUGGCCCCCUCCCAGCCGGACUAACAGCCUGUUAUGGCACUGUCCCUUCCCGAGGUACAGCCAAGCUGUAAGCGGUGGCUGGGCGCCUCUGGCCUGUGGUAGCAGUCCCUCCAUACGUGCACCUGGGACAGGCAGCUGCUUUCUGGACUGCAUGACACUAAGAUGCUUGUCCCCCCAGGGCCCCACCCAGGCCCCAAGAUGCGCACGGAGGCAAGACCAGACUUUUCUGUCAUUUAUUUUCAAUAAAUAAGCAGCUCAGCUCAA